AUGUCUGAUUCUGAUUUGGAAAAAAGCGGAUUAUCCACUCCGGAAGCGAAAAGAUUGAUGAGGCACGAAUUGGCCAGAGAUGAAGGACAGAAAAGCCGAGAACAACUUCUUUCCAAAAAGUGGAUGGGAGAAGAGAUUCUCAAGCGUUGGCUACAACCAACUGAAGAUCCAGGUAGAGCCGAGUGUGAUGCAUGUCAGUUGAAUUGA